GCAAAGCGACUGCUAAAUGCGGCGAGUGGUAAUUGGGGAAUUACCCGCAACAAGAAAUCCGCGCCAGUCGGUCCGCUUCGCUCUCAGUCCGUUCCUCGUCCUGCUGCUACUGCUCUCGCAUUCUUCUUCCUCUUCUCCUCUGCUCCCCCGCUCUUCGUCUCUCUUCCCUAUAUACGUUAUCCUGCCAGACUAUGUAGUCCUCGGCUUUGUGUCAUGAGCUUGUUUUCGCUGUUUUGAGCUCUGCUUGUUCUCUCCUAUCGCAAUUGCCUGCUUUUUCUCUUUGCACUCGCUGCAAAAGCUCGUCUCUCCACCGCGUGCGACAGAACCUGCUCACGAAGUCCUCUCCUAUCCUUAUUGCGUUCCUUCCCCGUCAUGACGCCUCGUCGCUCUUCUCGAG